AUGGGUAUGAAAAGUCACGUGCUUCAUCUCAAGGUGUGGGUUUUGGUGGCAAUCAUUCUUGGAAUUUUGAUACUUGUUGUUCUUUGGCUGCUAUGGUGUUCUGUUGCACUCAAGAUCAAAUCCAGGAAAAGGGUGGAUCGCAUUACCCAGAUUCGUGAUGUUUAUUCGAGAGAAAUAAGAGUAGUAGACCACAAUUCAUCAAUUGUUGACAAUGAUGUGGAGUUGCACUUGCAGGGAAAGAAAGAUUGGGAUGAAUUAGUUUUGGUAGAUUCCAAGGAUAUUCAAUCAGCAGCUUGUCUCGAAAAAAAGGGUGGUUCAUCGGCGGCAUUUAAUAACAAUAAGCCCUAUCUGAGUUCAGCAGCUUCACCUCUACCAGGUCUUACUGAGCUGUCACAGCUUGAUUGGGGACAUUGGUUUACUCUGAGGGAUCUUCAAACUGCAACCAACAACUUCUCAAAGGAUAAUGUUAUUGGAGAGGGCGGCUAUGGAAUUGUUUAUCGUGGCCAACUCGUAAAUGGUACAACUGUGGCUGUUAAAAGGCUCCUAAAUAACUUAGGACAGGCAGGCAAGGAAUUUAGAGUGGAAGUAGAGGCUAUUGGUCAUGUGCGGCAUAAAAACUUGGUUCGACUUCUGGGCUAUUGUAUUGAAGGCACCCACAGGGUGUUGGUGUAUGAGUAUGUAAACAAUGGAAAUCUGGAGCAAUGGCUCCAUGGAGGAGAUCAAAUUCAAAUGUUCCUAACAUGGGAGGGCCGUAUGAAGAUUCUGCUUGGAACUGCCAAGGCGCUUGCAUAUCUGCACGAUGCAAUAGAGCCAAAAGUCGUGCAUAGAGAUAUAAAGACAAGCAACAUACUAGUUGACAGAGAUUUCAAUGCAAAGAUUUCUGAUUUUGGACUAGCGAAAUUGAUGGGUGCUGGAGAGAGUCAUAUUAUAACAAGAGUAAUGGGAACAUUUGGAUAUGUAGCUCCAGAAUAUGCAAGCAGUGGCAUCCUCAAUGAGAAGACUGACGUUUAUAGCUUCGGUGUUGUCCUUUUGGAAGCUAUAACCGCCCGGGGUCCAGUUGAUGACAAUACUGGAAAUCUGGUUGAGUGGGUAAAGAUGAUGGUUGCAGCAAAACGGUGUGACCAAUUGUUGGACGCAAAUAUGGAGAUGAGGCCAUCCACAUCUUCCCUUAAAAGAGCUCUUUUGACAGCACUAAGGUGCGUCGACCCAAACUCUCAACAGAGACCUACUAUGAACCAAGUUGUCCGAAUGCUCGACUCUCAUGAAUAUCCAUUCAUACCAAGACAGCCUCGUACAAGACACUGAUUAUACAGUAAUAACAUUGUAACAAAUAUACAACUAGUAAUGUACAAUGUUUCAUCCAAUAUUCCUCACAAUCAAUUCAAAGUACUUUUACAAGAAUCAACAAAACAACCAGGUCCACAAAAGAA